AGUGCUGUCUUUCUGCAUUUUUCCAGCUGAAGACAUCCUGAGAAAUUAGGCCACUUUGAUCUCCUCUGAGUGCAUCAUACAUUUUUUAUUUAUCAGAGUUUAAACUCGUGCCCUGUCUUUACAGCUUCUCAUCACGAGAGUACAACAUUUAGGUUUUAACGUCAAUGUUUUCGCCACAGUUUAAAAUUUAAAUGUUUAAAGACAGUGUCAAGCAAUUUCUAGGUGUUAAAAACAGAAGCUGCUCUGUCUUCACAGAUAUUUUCUUACACUGGAUAGGGGAAAAAUACCCAACACAUAUCCUGCAUAUUUCACUGACAUUUAAUUCAACUCUGCUUACCCUGUUUUGGUCAGUUAGGAAUGCCAAAAAUAAUUUCGGUUGGGGUUUCUGCUUGGGUUCCAUCACCUAGCAACCCCCUAGUGGAGUUCCAGCAUUUUUGGUCAGUUGGUUUUACUGCUGCAUGCGGUGAACAGUGACUCCUGGAAAAGACAAGAGUUUUGCUGUAGACUUACCAUGUAGAAACCACUUUCUGGAUUCUUCUUCCUUCAGGUGUAUUGUUGAGUUGGGGCCAGCAGCAGCGUAUUUGGAUUUAAAGUGACAAGACGCUCUAAAACAGCUCAUUCUGAAAGGAGCUCACAGUAGGUAGAACUGAGCAGACUGAAAUCUCAUUAUCUAGGAAUAAUUUUGUGCAAAAAGAAUACAAUGGGCAUGUUUUGUGACCUGACCUAACCUGUUCAAUAAAGCAUAAUAGGUCACCUUUAAAGUUAUUCUUGUAUAAUGCCGUGAACUCAAAGACUCUGAGCAAAUGUGUUUAAUAUUCUAGUUGCAGAGCUGAAGACAAAAGCAAAAGCACAACAAAAGCUUAAGCGGGACCCUGGAAGGUGGUGUGCCAGAAUGUGAAAGGUUGAACGCAAGAAUUUGUUACCCAAGCCAUUACCUUUUACCUUGUGUUGGCAUUUUUAGCUCCAACAAAUAUGCUGGAAGGAGAAAACAGAUGCCUAUGCUCAUCAGUGUUUUGUUUCUGUCAGGUUUAUUACCACAAAAUACACUAAAAAGGGAUCUGCUGCUCUUUAUUACCUUUAAAUGUCUAAUUAGGACAGAUUAAUCAGGAGAAAACAAUGCAGUGACCACUGCAAAACAGAGAUAAGCAAUUACAGUGAAAUAUAAACUUCUAGCUAAGAGUAAUUUAAAAGUCCCAGCUAGAAAUACAGAACAGGCUACAAAUACUUCCUUGAAGUUGCAACAACACUCUGACUUCAAGAUGAGAGCACCAGUACUAAUGGACUGGGAUUUUUAGGAACUUAAUCCACGGAGUCAAGUUUAAUCCAAUCACUGACUGGUACAACUUCGUGUUCACUUCAUCUCAUCCUCUUGUACCAACACCACCUAUUCCCACUGGAGGAAGAGAUUAUCUUUGUAAUUGCCAUUCAUUGGUUUUUGCCAGUCUGCUGACUGCCGUAAACACUGAAAACAUUCAACAUCAACUAAUUUUGGGUGAAUAAUGUAGUCCUUUCUGUGUCAGUAUGAUAUGAUUCAUUAUUUAAAAUGUGUUAAUACCGAUUCACUCUGUUCAUUGAGUGGGUCUGCAAAACCUGAAUAUUGUGAAAAAGGAAAUAAAUAGUGUAUUUUAAUGCAAAAUAAAGUAGAUAGGAUACAUGUUGGAAAGUAUCGACAACUUCAACAUUUCUGAUGGCGACCUUUCGGAGGUGAUAAAGCUCAUCGGAGUCAUGAGCUCCUUUCAGUAUGUUUUCCACUCAGGCUGGGACUUUGGACAUUUAUCUGUGGUGACAUGGUCACUGUGUGAGCAUUUAGCAACACCUGUCCUUUUCCACAUGCUCCGCACAAAGGUCAAGUGUACAGACCUGAUGGACGACGCACCGCCUGGGGAUUAUUUCACUGCAGCCAGGGAAGAAGAAAAACGAGGUGGGAAAGUGAGAGGAGUUUAGUUCACUGUGCAGAAACAACACAAAAAUAGAUUGCCUGCUUUAAGAAACUGAAUUGUGAGUUAAUUAAAGGAACCUAUGAUACUUCCUUGAACAGGUUAUUAUAGCUCUAUGGGCUACACAAAUCAUGUUUGUUACAUUUGUUACACAAAAUUAUUCUUACAUAAUAAGAUUGCCUUGUCUUGUCACUUUAAAUGCAAAUUAGUUGCUGCUGGCCACGCCGCACAAACUCAAUCUUAUCGUAGAAAAGCAGAAGUAGAGCCUCCUGCACAAACAACAAGAAUUCAGCAAGUAGUAAGUCAGUGACAAAACACUUGCCUCUUCUAGCAGCCAUUGUACAGCACAUACAGCAAUAUGUAGCACAGCUGGCUAAUUGUGCUGGAGCUUGGCUUGGGUUGCUAGGUAACAGGCUGGGCUUAGCUGAGGUUGCUAGGUAACGACACAUUGAUCGUGGAAUGUGAGGUCUUUGAAACGGCUCAUUUUCUAGGCAUCAAAAAACAUUAACUUAUUGCCGAAAAACGGCUGAAUGUUUUUUUUAAACACUUGAACUAUUUUUAAAGCAAUUGAGGCCACAAUGACCUUUAUUGUCUAUACAAACCUGCAAAAUGUGAAUUUUGCAUAAUAAAUCCCCUUUAAAUAAUAAUCAAUUACAUCUAGAGUGCUUCUUUAGUUGCACAUAGCUGCAGUUACGAAUCAUAUGCCAUGACCUUGUAUCGGAAUGAGUUUGUUCUGCGUUUACUAAAACCAGAGAUUAAUGAGAAAACUCAGCUGAACAUCCAGUAGUUUUAUGAGUUUCACUUUUCAUCUUCAUUCUGUUUUUAAUAAGGAUGUUACUUUUUAAGGUGAAUUUGUAAUCCUUUAUUGGCACUAAUAAAUAAAUUGCACUAUUAAUAUUACCAAUAAUUAUUAUUUCAAAUGCUGUGCAGAAUUGUUAGUUUAGAUGCGACAGAACCAUUCACUUACUCGUCUGCUUUUUCCUAAAAACCUGACAAUCGAGGAGGAGAGAUGAGGCACUGAUCUAACUUCUCCAGGAACUUAUACCGAUCUCAUCUCUGCCACAACAUGAGCACUCCAACACCCGGAAGCCCAAACUCGGAGGUGAAGAUGGGGUCCCAGGAGAUGGCGAUGCUGAGCAACCUUUUGGCUGCUUACACUUUCAUUGCAGACCAACCUGAGAGAACGGCACUAGUGUUCCUCGGCGGUGUGUGUGUUGGACUCCUGGUCACGCUGUGCGCCAUCGUCUUCCAGAUACACUGCCGAGCGGACUGCCACUAUGGCAACAGCAACGACCUUCAGAAUCGCCAAAGGGUCAGACGUCACCGUCGCCAGCACCUCUGUGCCCGCCCUCAGCUCACAGACGGUAACCCAGACAACAGCGGUGCUGUGGUUGUGGCCUCUGGAGUGACUGGGAACACUGGGGACUGUGAGCCAGAGGACUGGGAUGACACGUCUGACCUGUCGGCACGGCGACGCAGGCGCUUCGAGAGAGCUCUGCUGAACGCCACCAUGUUCACAUCUUCUGAGGAGCUGGACCGGGCCCAGCGACUGGAGGAGCGGGAACGGGUUCUUCGAGAGAUCUGGAUGAAUGGACAACCAGACAUCAGCACAGUGACUCAAAGCCUCAACAGAUAUUACUGAUGGAAAACCAAAACGACAGAUACAGAUCGGGAAGAAAACAAAGCGCAGGCAGUCAGAUGGAUGACUGGUGCAGAAAAAUGAACAUAAACAUGAAACAGUUUCCACUGCAGCAGUGAGCCUCUGAACAAUGAGGUAACACUGGUUUGUUUGGGGCCCAACAAGAAGACAAGACAGAAAUGGAUUUUUCAAAGACUGCUUAGCAACAAAACUAUUGUCUGUAGCUGAUAUUUAAUGGACUCUGGGCUAUGUGACUGCUGCCAUUAAUUUACUGGGAUGUUUUCUCUUUUCUGUUUCUUCAGCACUUCUCAGUAAAACAUGAAAAGGAGCAGAAGGGAAUAACAAUCUAGAGUCCACAGCUUGAUUUUGUAGAAUAAUGUUGCUAUUGUUUGUGAACCUGCAAUAAUCAGAGUGUUGCAACUUGAUACUUUUAUAUUGAAGGGCAACUUCCUCUUCCAAGGCGAUCAUGGAAACUCUACGACAAACAUGGUGAUACGAAUACUGGUGCUUUUUCUACUUGCAUUUCAAUUUCAUCUAGUUGCACAUUGAAUGACAUCAGACACAUGAAGCACUGAGGAUCAUCAGCUCUGUUGCAUCACUUUAUGACAAUCCUUAAUCUGAGUUAUUACAAAGAAUGAUUAACUUAAUUUUAAUAUUUUAUUAACUUUGUUUUGACGUAAUGAUUAAACUGCUGUAUAUAAGACAUUAAAAUGGUGGCUUUGCAGUUUUUUAAAAACACAAAGUAGACCUAUUAUGCAAAAUUCACAUUUUGCACAUUAUUGUACUUCCAUUUGUUUCUCUACUGCUUCUAACAACAGCACAAGCACGUAAAAAUAAAUGCAUACAUUUAAUUUGUGUGGCUUAUAGGAAUGUCAAUCAAUUGAAUCAGUUUCAGAAUAUGCAGACAAUUCUUGUUUUUAGAACAUAAAAUGAAAAUAUCUGAUGCAUUAUUAAUCAACCUUGAAAAAAAGAAGAAAAAAUAAAAUAAAAUGAGUAUUUUAAACCCUAAAAUUAAUAUAAAUUCAUGCAGGUGAUGAGGGUAUGGAUAUUUUGGACCAGAACAACCAAGAAGAAAAAUUGUAAAAGUGUGUAAAGUUCGUCACCUGGUGUCGAAAAAGUGCAACUGCAUGCUUUCUACCUCUCUUUUUUUCAUUCUUUCUUUAUUAAAAACGUUACUAUGUUAACUCAGGUCAAAUUUCAAGUAAAAAUAUAAUGAAAACAAUCUAAGCAAACUAGCACCAGAUAAACAAACAA